AUGGCCCCCUCCUCCUCAUCCGCGAGGAUAGCGACUCUCUUGCUCUCCCUCCUCUCUCUGGCCUCCGCUCAGGGCGCCCCUGGUGGUAGCUACAUACAGGGAAGCGGAGCCACUGGAUCAGAAGCAUACCAGUUGGUCGACGAUUACGCAGCUCAGACUUUCUUCGACAAGUUCGUCUUCUACAGUUCCUACGAUCCUACCUAUGGACACGUCCAGUAUGUCGAUAAAUCGGUCGCUGUACAGAAUGGCUACGUCUCGACCACACCGCAAGGCACGGCUAGGAUACAACCUGACUUGACCGGUAUCUGGCCCACGGGUGGAAUGGGCCGUCCCAGUGUUCGCAUCUCCAGUCUGAACACCUACCUGCACGGCUUAUUCGUCCUGGAUUUGAACCACAUCCCCACUAGCUGCGGUAGUUGGCCAGCCUAUUGGCUUUUGGGCCCGACUUGGCCAGAGACCGGCGAAGUCGACAUCAUUGAGGGGAUAAACACGAGCGAGAACAACACCGUUUCCCUUCACACGAGUCCAGGCUGUACCAUUGCUGGUAGUGGCCAGACGACGCAACUGCAGAACAGCAAUUGCGACUCCUCGGUCAAUGGAAACUCUGGCUGCGGCUCGCAGUUUGUCAGCUCGACUUCGCCGCCAGACAACUAUGGCUCAAACUUCAACGGCAAUGGAGGUGGUGUUUAUGCUACCGAGUGGACAUCAGACUACAUUAAGACUUGGUUCUUCCCACGUGGAAGCACUCCCGCUAGCAUUCUCUCUGGAUCGCCUGACAUCUCUACCUUUGGCACCCCGGCUGUCAACAUGCAAGGCUCUUGCGAUAUUGAUGCGCACUUCCAGAACAUGAGUGUCAUCAUCAACAUCGACUUCUGCGGUGCCUGGGCCGGUGAGGUGUACAGUCAGUGGACCAACUGCCCUCAGAAUGCCAGCCGGACGAGGUCGCUUGACUCUUGCACGGACUUUGUAGGCAACAACCCUCAGAACCUCACCGAGGCCUACUUCGACAUCAACUACCUACGAGUCUAUCAAAUGCCGGCAGGUGUCGCAACCACAUCUUCUUACUCGACGAGUCUGACCUCUGUCGCCGGGGAAGCAAGCACCAAUUCGGUUCAAAAAGGGCAAGGCACUACGCUCGAGACCACUUCUUCAACUGCAUAUACUGGUCCGAUCUCUUCCGCCGCACCGAGCUCGGCUCUUCCGACUGCCACUGCUACCUCCUGUCCCGGCCUCAACAACACGCUCUACACCGACGCCAACAAGCAGCCGUAUGCGAUCUACUGUGGCUUUGACUAUGGCGGCCCCUCUCCUCUGGUUCAAGCCACCAGCUCGUUUGAAACUUGUAUGGAGCUUUGCGACAAUACCUCCGGCUGCUGGGCUGUCUCGUACGACAGUGGCGGCGUUUGUUACAUCAAGAACCCUGGCUGGCCACUCAGUGCAAACGCGGACACCAAUGCCGCUAUCCGUCAGAACGGAGUCGCGCCAGCGCAGGGGCCAUCUUCCUCUGCUGCUCAGGCUGCAUCGUCGACUACCACGUCGCCCUCGUCCAGCUCGACUGCACCGCCGUCAGCAUCUGCACCUGCUCCUCCGACCAGUUCGGCGGCUGUUUCAAGCUCAACACAGGCUAUGAGCAGCUCGGUCCUUCCAAGCACGACCAGUUCAAUGGCUAUGUCAAGUCUUGCGCCUUCCUCCACUCUAUCAAUUCCGGCCUCAACAACCGCAAACGUGAACUCAGGAGGUGUCUGCGGCGGCUCCAGUGGAUUCAAUUGCUACGGCGCGCCCGCCGGAAACUGCUGCAGCGGAUAUGGAUACUGCGGUUCCGACUCUGAUCACUGCGGUGCUGGUUGCCAGUCAGGAUUCGGAAUGUGCGAUCUACCGGUGUCUAGUUCAAUGGUCUCUAGCAUGGUCUCGAGUUCAGCGUCUUUAAGCGGAAUUUCGAGCACCUCCACUCUGGCAAUGCCGUCCUCAACAACAGCUAAUGUGAGCCCCAGCGGGGUCUGCGGCGGCUCUGCUGGAUUCAAUUGCUACGGCGCGCCUGCCGGAAACUGCUGCAGCGGAUACGGAUACUGCGGUUCCGAUUCUGAUCAUUGCGGUGCUGGCUGCCAGGUAGGAUUCGGAAUGUGUGAUCCACCGGUGUCCAGUUCAAUGGUCUCUAGCAUGGUCUCGAGUUCAGCAUCUUUGAUCAGAAUUUCGAGCACUUCUACUCUGAUGAUUCCAGCGUCAACCACCGCAAAUGUGAGCCCAAGUGGCAUUUGCGGUACUAGCGGCCUGAACUGUUACGGAGCUCCAAAUGGGAACUGUUGCAGUGCCUACGGGUUCUGCGGCUCUGGUCCUGGCUACUGUGAUGCUGGAUGCCAGACAGACUUCGGAAUGUGCGAUGAAGUGGCAAGCUCUUCCUCAAUGUCAGCCGACAUGACUUCGUCCGUGGGCAGCAGUCCGUCGCCUUCGAUCUCGUCCAUUUCCGUAGCCUCGGCAUCUUGCCCGGAAAAUGAUGGGGCUCACGUGGAAGACGGCUGUGGUGUUGUCUACAUCAUGUCUUGCGGAAACGACACGCUUUAUGGAUCUAGCGCGAGUGUUCAGGCGCGCACGUUCAGCGAGUGUUUUCAGGCUUGCUCGUCCGGCGCAAAUGGCGAAUGCACUGCCUUCACCUAUGACACAAGACCUGUUCCCGGCAUCUGCUACUUGAAGGGCGCCGCUAAUGAGGGAUUCGCCUACCCGAAUGCUGCUCUCAUCGCGGCUAUCCAAGUCGACUUCUAUGGCACGGGUACGCGGGCUGUUUCGAGCACCACCAGAUCUUGCUCUGUAGCAACUAGCACUGUUGCGCUCGCAAGCUCAUCCGCUCCUCCUGUAAUUUCAAGUGCACCGGCGAUGCCGAUUGUGCAGACCUCGACAUCUGCCACUUCAACUGAAGUCACACCGGUCCCGACCACACCUCCCGGAUGCGAUGCUUCUUUUGAUGGCAUUUAUAACUUCAACACCGAGCCGGUCAGCUCAUCGCAAGCUGCGAACAUGUAUCUCUUCAGCCUCAAGCUCAUAGACAACGUGCUCUACGAUGCCAAUACAAACUACACCUUAUUCAUCGCUGACAACAAUCAACUUCAGGGUGCUACUACUCCUCCCGAGUCUGCUCUGUGGCCGGACGGAUGGUAUGUCUGCGGCGACAGCAACUUGUACCUGGCUGGAACGGAUUACUUCUGGUCGUGCGCUUCUGGUGUCUACUUGACUCAACAGAAUGCACAGUGCGUUCGGGUCACGAUUCACAACAUCGGACGGCCGGGAGAGGCGCAGACCACGACAGCCCUCACUUUCAGUGGUGGCAGCACCUCGAUGUACACGUCUGAUGGUCAAACCUUUACAUCAGUCAUUGGGGGCGUCACAUCGACCUCUAUGGGACUUGUGCCAAGCAGUCGUACUGCCGCCUCGUCCUGGAGCAUGCCUUCUGUCGUUUAUACCGCACCUGCGAUAUCGUCAAUGCCGAUGUCUGGCAGUGCUUCGGUGGCUGCGUCGACCUUUGCCGCGGCCUCGUCCACGCCUACUGCAGGUGCAUGUCCAUCUUCUACUGCAGCUGUUUGCGCAGGCGCAUAUGCCGGUGAGGUGUGUUCCAGUGGAGGCAAUACCUACAACAUUACUUGUGGUAUCGGGUUCACGAGUACGACCGUCAUGAGGCGUGUGACUGAGCCAAAUUUGGGCUCCUGCAUUGCACUUUGCGAAUAUAACGAGACUUGCGUUGCCGUCAAUUAUAUCGGCACAGAAUGUACCCUGCUCAGCGAUGUUACUGGCCAGCAGCUUGUCGCUGGUGCCGUCACUGCUGUACAGGUGCCAGAUGACGAGCCAGCUUGUUCAGGGGCUGAUGGGACCACGUAUACCGACGGCAACAGCACCCAGUACUCUCUGACUUGCUAUGCCGACUACAGUGGCAACACUAUUGGAGAUGCGAUCUUCGAAGCUGUUUUUACGGACUGCUUCUCUUCCUGCGAUUCGAUGAGCGACUGUGCAGGCGUGGUAUAUGACACUACAGAACACCAAUGCUACUUGAAGUCCGCACUUGCAGGCGCACCGACAACAAAUGCGAACCGCAUCGUGGCAACUCGACUCGCUGCAUCUGCCGGCAACCUACCCCCGGCGUAUGGCGGCGGCGGUGAUGUUCCAACAGUAUCCUCCACCCUGCCAUCCUCAGAGACCACCACUCUUUCCCUGGGUCCAGGGGCGACAGUGACCGAGACUCCCACAACGACUCUGGUCACCACUCUGCCUACAUCCGGAUUCGUGACAUCCUUCGUCAGCGGUUCUGACACGAGCUCCUAUUACAUCUACACCACCACCACCAGCAGGGUUCCGGCUCAGAGCGGUGGUUGCAGCUCGAUCUGCUUUACUUGUGGUGUGACGCCUACUCUCACUCCUUGCGGUGGUUCUGAGACUCUUCCUCCAGCCACGAUCACUCCAUCUGCCAAUCCGACUUGCCCGAUUCUUACGCCCUCUGGCACGGGCACCAUAGUCGUAGUCACCACCUAUACAGUCACGCAUUGUGCACCGCAGCCGAUCUGUCCCAAACCUGGUUUCUUGAUUGGCGGUGGAGGUGCUACACAGAGUGCGCUUCCCAGCGGCGCAGAAGUCAUCACUACUACCGCGAGCAACGGAGACCCGAUCACCUAUACUCUCAUUCCAACAGGAGGGUCAGGUCCUGGUGGAUCCGGAUCGGGCGGAUCAGGCUCAGGUGGAUAUGGAGGAUCGGGCACAGGAGGGUCCGGCGGGUCCGGUGGAUCUGGCAACGGAGGCUCUGGAGGCAACGGAGUCGGCGGUGGUAGUGGUCCAACGGCUACUGUCCCAGGCGGUGGAGCAACCAUCACCAACCCAGGCACCACGGUUCUGCCUACAUGCCCAUACGCCAACAAUCAGAUCUUCACGGACAUGUACGGCGAACAGUACCUCAUUCGCUGCGACACCUCCUACUCGAAUCCUACGCUGUCCACGAACACACAAGGCCGUCUUGUCGACUGCGUCAGCUCUUGCGAUCAAUACAAUAUCGCCAACCUAGACAGCACUCAGUGUGCAGGUGUGAGCUACAUUCAAGAUGCGAUCAAUAACAACUGCGAGCUCAAGAGUGGAACGACUGAGGUGAUGAAGACCGGUACGCACUCCGCGAGACUGAUCUCGCGUGCAGCCGUUCCUGGAGGCGGCAAUGGCGUCGGUGGAUCUGGCACGGGCCUUGCUCCAGGCGUUACUGUAACAGGUACCGGAGGAGCCGGUAAUGGAGCCGGCACUGGUGAGUCUUGACGCUGCGCGAGAACGGAGAACAAUCACUAACUACUGCUUCUAUAAGGCCCAGGAACACUUCCAGGCACAGGGCCGGGUACAGGUGAGUGUUUCUUGUCCCGUAGAGUACAAUAAAUACUGACUUCCCUAGGUGUUGGCACAGGCAUUGCUAUAACCGCUAUCCCCACUACCCUUGUCGUUGGUGGAUCUACCGUCCUCUCCACGUACAUAGUCACCUCUGGCGGAUCUACAGUACUUGCAACUUCGACUUACAUCAGCGGAGGCUCAACCAUCGUUAGCACCAACUACGCUACGAUUACUGCUGGGGGCGGUUCUGGAGGUAGUAAUGGCGGCGGCGAUGGAUCAGGAGCUGGUAAGUCUUCUCAUCAUAACUAUCAAGUACAGCUUCUGACACAGACAAAAGGAUCAGGCGGCGUCGGAACGGGCCCAGGAACUGGAGCUGGCACGGGACCAGGCACGGGACCUGGAACCGGACCAGGUACAGGUAAGAACGAAGUGCUUUACGCAGACGUCACUAUACUAAUUGUUCAUUCAGCCCCAGGCACAGGUCCAGGCACAGGUCCGGGUACAGGUCCAGGCCCUACGGUCUACGUUCCCACGACCAAAGUCGUAACAACAACAUCCAUCAGCCUCUCCGUAACAGUCGACUACAGCACCCUCAUCAGCACAGCCGUCUCCACCUACGUCAGCAAUGGCGUCUCCUACACAACCGACUACGUGAUCUCCACCGUCAUCUCGCGCGAGAUCAGCUACAUCCCCGGUCCCACAGUAACGACAGCGAACAUUGUCACAGAAACCCAAGGAAGUGGCUUUGUCACCGUCACAGCGGCGCCUGUCACGAUCGUUUCCUAUGUCUAUCCUAGCAGCAGCUCUUCGACAUCGACGUGUCGCACGAGCAGUACGUACUAUUUGAGUCCGGGAGAAACGCCGGUCACUUUGGGUGUGCCGGUCAUGGCGAAGAGAUGGAUUGGACAUUCUAGAUAG